UGACAAAUUCAAUUUUUUGUACAUUCUUGGUUUUUCUCUGUCCAACUAUGCUCCGGACUGUUUCGCGGCUGCCACUGCGCAGAUGUGUUCAUACGAAUGCCGGCUCGUCGAGCACGCGUGUAUUCAAAAGUUAUUCAACAAGGUCUCGACUUGCACUGGGAGCUACCGUUACGCUUGCUGCGUACAUGACUUGGUCACUGAGCUCAGACAAUCGGCGGAUAGCACUUGACGCUCAACCUGUGUCCGCACCCAAGAAGCUUCCGGCCUCCGCAGCUCCCUCAGUCGUCGUUGCAGACUCCCCUCCGCUUCCAAUACAGGCUGAAGAGACGUCCUUUGAGGAAUCAGCGCCCGCGCUGGAUGAGGACGCGGAUAAAAGACCACAGGCCGCACCAGAAGAAGCACCGAGUGAAGAGGGGUCGUCUGGGGGCGCUUUCAACCCGGUGACAGGUGAAAUCAAUUGGGACUGCCCGUGCCUCGGUGGGAUGGCCCAUGGUCCAUGUGGCCCAGAGUUCAGAGAGGCCUUUUCAUGUUUCGUAUACUCUGAAAAGGAGCCAAAAGGCAUAGAUUGUGUGGAGAAAUUCAAGAACAUGCAAACAUGCUUCCGGGAACACCCCGACGUGUAUGGGGAUGAAAUUAUGGACGAUGAUGAGGAUGAUGGUGCAGAAUCUCAGGGUCAAGCUACGCCCUCAGAUGUCAAGAUUUCCGAGGCGGAGUAUGCAACUCUGGAUAACGUAGCUCAGGAUCCGGAACAUGCCCAGCCCCAGGAUCUCUCGUCACCCGUUUCCACAUCAUAAAUCUAGAGCAUUGUUAUCUUACUUGGAGUACCAUGGUUAAUUAUCCUUCAUAUAUUCACCACUCAAUCCAGCCGCCUACAUGACAAUACAUAGCGCAUGGAAUUCAAUACAAAAAGCUAUUCUACAGGUAU